AUGGGAGGCAUCACUCAUUUAGUCGCCGGUUGUGAAGUCGUCCUCGAGCUGGGAGGGCGACGCGAUGCCAAAAGGCGAACGUGCGAAGCGACGGCCGUCGGCUCUGCUCCCGGCACUGUCCUGUCGAUGAUUGAGUCUCUUCCAGAAAUAAUGCACUAUAUUUUGCUUACAGAAAAUGGACUUCCAAGAAGGCUAAGAACUGCUUAUACAAAUACGCAGCUGCUAGAAUUAGAGAAGGAAUUCCACUUUAAUAAAUACCUAUGUAGACCUAGACGAAUAGAAAUUGCUGCUUCUCUGGACCUAACCGAAAGGCAGGUUAAAGUCUGGUUCCAAAAUCGACGGAUGAAGCACAAACGCCAGACUCUCAGCAAAGAAGACGGCGAUGAAAAAGACGGAACAUCAUCAGAUGGAAUAGAAAAACCAAAAGGAGAAAAGCUGCUGAUAAUGGACGAGGAUGAGAAAAAGAGUUGCCACAACUGUGAUAUUUCUGGAGUAGGUGACGUAGGCAGUACUCUUUCGGGCGAAUUGGGCGAGCUAUCCUCUGGUCGUGGGAGCAGUAGCAACAACAACAACACCCCUAGUGCAACAAACAACAACACAGGUUUCAACACAAAUAGCAAUGGAGCCUCUAGUGUAGGAAGUACCAACAGCGUUUCUAGUACCUUUGAAAAAAUGAUGGUUGACGAUGAUUCGCGAUCUCAGGAUGGUAGUGAAGUAACAUCACCAAGUAUAAGCUUAAAGAAAUUAGGAGAAGUUAGGGUGAAAGUGGAGGCUGGUCACAAGAGUCCUAACCCAGUGAAGCAGAUGCCAGUUGGUAAAAAAUCCCCAUCAACCAAGGACAUGUGUUCAGUCAAAAGCAACGGGGUUUUGUUAGCUUUACCAGAUUCAACAGUGAGCACACCAGGUCAAGCAAUUCCGAGUCAAGGAUCAUCAACAAGAAGUCUCACCCCUUCAUCAACGCCUGGAACUCCAGCCUCUGUCCAGCUCCAACAAGGAAGUCCCUUAAGUAUGCAGACUCCUCACACAGCCUACAUGCAACGACCCCGAAGUUCCCCCUCUUCGACCAGUUCUGUGCAAAAUAUUUUGCAUGGUUCUUCCAAUACAGGAACGUCCCCUCACAGUAGAAGCAUUCCCAACAAUCCUCAGGCGCAUUUCCAGCAGAAUGUUUAUCAACCCUCAACGGGGAUUGACUACAGAAAUGGAUUGCCCUCGAACAGGCAAUCAGUUUCAACCCACACUCAACAAACCUCUCAAAAUACCUACUGCUCGAGGGAUACCUACCAGCAGAGGAUAUCUUACUCUAGUGAGAUUCAUCCCUUAUAUACAAGACAAAGUCACAUUACUGCGAGAACAUCUCAUCAUGGAAGAACCGGUACAACUAGGCCAAUUUAUAAUCCAUCAAUGCAGUUUCACCAACAGGCUCAAUAUGGCUCCACUGGGGACUACAACGGCUAUGCUCAAACUGGUUCCUAUCAUGCUUCGUAUCAUAGGACCAUGCAGAAUAAUUCCUAUCCAAACCAGGGUUAUUCAUCAACGCAUGCUGAACAAGGUCCAGAAGGUUACAUGCCCACAAGUGGCUAUGGUUACCCUUCGACCGGAUAUCACACCUCUGAGAGUAUGAACUCCCACGGUCAUGGUGGCAUCAAUUCCCAAAGUGGACAGCACUACUAUGGAGAUAUGCAACAACAGCAGCACUCUGAAGGUUACAAUGCUCAUCAAACCUCGAUACAUUCCAGUUCCGACUACAGAACAGGGAACAAGUGUCAUCCCAAUUAUUACGAACAGGCAAAUCAGUUGCAUGUUCAUCAAGGUGGCGAAGCAUCCAAUAUACCGAACAGCUACGUUUCCUCACCAGAUACGUUCCCAGCACCCGGAAUCGCCACAACAGCAACUGCGAUUGCUGCAGCUACAGCUGCCGUCAUAACUCCACCAUGUAGCACCCAAACGGGUCAAACAGACUCUACCGAACCCUAUGCUAAUUUUGGGAAUUUUUACAGCGAGCCAGUACACGCUGCUCCACCUCCUUCUGCUGAUAACAGCAACAGUUCUUCAGACUUUAAUUUUCUUAGUAAUCUUGCAAAUGACUUUGCACCGGAGUAUUAUCAGCUUAGCUGA